ACGAGGAGGUGGGAUUUUAGCUACCGUCCAUCUUCAGCUACAUUACAGUGAGCGAGUCUAUCGAAAAGAAAAGUAAAGAAGUAAAGAAGAUUUACUGGAAAUAGUUUUGGCUUUAUUUGAAAUAAGACAAACGAAAAACCAUAUACUAGAUCACUUGUGACAGACGGAAUGUGGAAAUUGUCGUAGUCAGAGCCAUGGCUGAUAAAAGAAAACUACAAGGUGAAAUUGACAGAUGUUUGAAAAAAGUAGCGGAAGGUGUUGAACAGUUUGAGGACAUCUGGCAAAAACUCCACAAUGCAGCUAAUGCGAAUCAGAAGGAAAAAUACGAAGCUGAUCUCAAGAAAGAGAUUAAAAAACUUCAGCGAUUGAGAGAUCAAAUAAAAACAUGGGUGGCCUCCAACGAGAUCAAAGACAAACGGCAGCUAGUAGAGAACCGAAAACUAAUAGAAACGCAAAUGGAACGGUUCAAAGUGGUGGAACGUGAAACGAAAACAAAAGCCUACUCUAAAGAAGGCUUAGGGCUUGCUCAGAAGGUGGAUCCAGCUCAGAGGGAAAAGGAAGAAACGGGACAGUGGCUAACGAAUACAAUAGAUACACUAAAUAUGCAGGUGGAUCAGUUUGAGAGCGAGGUGGAAUCUCUUUCAGUCCAGACGCGGAAGAAGAAGGGCGAUAAAGACAAGCAAGAUCGUAUCGAUGAACUCAAGCGGUUGAUUGAGAGACAUAGAUACCAUAUUCGCAUGUUGGAGACAAUUCUACGGAUGCUGGACAAUGACUCUGUACCGGUGGACGCUAUCCAGAAGAUCAAGGAUGACGUUGAAUACUACAUUGAUUCCUGUCAAGACCCGGACUUUGAGGAGAACGAGUUCCUGUAUGAUGACCUAGACCUGGAAGACAUCCCUCCGGCACUUGUUGCCACUUCUCCAUCAGGCAAUGUGGAAGAUGACAUGUACCUUCACUCUAGCAGCACUCCCACCUCUACUACAUCUUCUUCGCCCAUCCCUCCGUCUCCGGCUACUUGCACUGCUGAGAACUCAGAGGACGAUAAGAAAAGGGGACGGUCGACAGACAGUCACGUUAGUCAGUCGCCUGUGAAGAACGGUACCCCUUCCUUGCAAUCUUCUUUCUCUUCUUCCGUCACCUCCGGGUCCUCUUCUUCCUCCUCCCUGUCUAUGGCAAGUGUUGUUGGAGGUGUUCCUGUGGUUCCCACCAGCAGCAGUCUCAUAGGAAGUUUCAGCAGUGCGGUACAGCAGCAUCAGCAUCAAUCUGCACAGCAGCAGCACCAGUCUCAGCCAUCAAAUCAGUCGCAGCAGCAACAGCAGCCACCUCAAACGAAACCUUCGGUCCCCUCAAACAAUGCCCCCAGUCCACCUAGCAACCAAGCUCUCCCAGCAUCCACCGCCCCCUCCCUGUCCACACCCAGCACACCCAGUUCAACAGCUCCCAACUCUGGGUCUACCCCAUCAUCCAGUCUUGGGCUCGGGUCGGAUUUAAGGAAAAGCGGCAUGAGCGGGACCAGCAAUGCUAACCAGAUGCCAAGCUUAGGCUUGGCAGGCCACACCACUCCGUUAAACACAAUGGCAGGCCUAAUUACAAGUUCCACGUCUGCCCUUUACGCGCACGCAGCAGCAUCUGGUGGACUUGGUCUGAGCAACACCACUCAGUCCAGCGUUUUGCCUGAGAGCAGCAAUUCCAUCUCCAAUUCAAGCUCCAGUGGAAUCACCACCAACGGAGCCGGGUCUGGGCUCAGCUUGCUAGGCUCUAGCUCAGCCCACAUCUCUCUGGGUAACAGCAUAUUGGGUCUGGUCCCUGGGCAAAGCGUGGCCCCCGCUGCAUCACAGGGGCCCCCGAGUUCUGCCAACUCCACCCCCGGAGCAGUUGGCCUGAUGGUCGGAAACAGCGGGAACGCCGGUGUGGCUGGAGUGAACGCUGCUCCUGCCAGACCUCCGAGUGGAUUAAAGCAGAAUGGAAGCCCAAGUUACAGUGCUGUAGUGGCAGAGAGUUCCACUGAAUCAGCUCUAAGCACACCAAGCCAGUCACAAAGCAGCCAAGCCUCCUCACUCAGCUCCUCGACAAGCCAGCCCAUGGACAAUGGCCCCAGCUUAAUUAGCUCCAUCACAUUGCCCCCAAGCUCUCCCUCCCCCUCCUUCUCAGACAGCACACCGGGUGGAGGGAGCCUCCUCAACGGGCCCCACUCAUUUCCUCAGGCCUCUGAGGGCCUUAAGGCUCCGGAGCCCCUCAGCUCUUUGAAGGCGAUGGCUGAGAGAGCGGCGCUGGGAUCAGGAAUAGAGGGAGAGAUCUCCAACCUGCACGUAUCCAACAGAGGGCUGAACGAUAUUUUUUCUGUUUCAUCGGCAGCACCCGGCACACCUGCAGCUCCUCAACCAUCUGUUUCGGAGGUCAGCAUCCCCCCUUCGCUUGGGGUUUGUCCACUGGGCCCAACUCCUCUCUCCAAAGACCAUCUCUACCAGCAGGCGAUGCAGGAGUCUGCAUGGACGCACAUGCCUCACCCCUCUGACUCUGAGAGGAUCAGGCAAUACCUGAUGAGGAACCCAUGUCCUACCUUGCCAUACCACCAUCAAGUACCACCCCACCACUCUGACACCAUAGAGUUCUACCAGAGGCUGUCCACAGAGACGCUCUUCUUCAUCUUCUACUACCUGGAGGGCACCAAGGCUCAGUAUUUAUCUGCCAAGGCUCUAAAGAAACAAUCAUGGAGGUUUCACACCAAGUACAUGAUGUGGUUUCAGAGGCACGAAGAGCCCAAGACUAUCACUGACGAGUUUGAGCAGGGCACUUACAUUUACUUCGACUAUGAGAAAUGGGGCCAGAGGAAAAAAGAGGGGUUCACCUUCGAGUACAGGUAUCUGGAGGACAGAGACUUGCAGUGACACACAGAGAGGGACGCAAAAGGACAGAGAAAAACAAAACGUGCUGCUGUUGACAUUCCGAGACUGAACUCCAAACUGUGGAUAGAGAUUGUGAUGUGUAGUAGAACCUCCCUCCUGAAACAGGGGCCGGUGUCUGUAUAGGCUGCAUCUCAAUGUGAAGCCCUAGCUCCUCGUGUAGUGCUUUUCUUUUCUUUUUGACACCACCACCCUGUGGGUCCGAUCAAACAUCCCUGCGCUGCACGAGCUGGGAAGGCUCCUUUUGGAGAUCCGCGUCUGUGCCUGUUUGUGUACACACUCAGUAUGUGGCAUUAGGAAAAGCCCUAAUCCCCUCCCCAUGCAUGUUUCUCAUAUUUUUUUCUUCUUUUUCCGUUUCAACGAUUCUCUGUACCACCUGCCCAACAUGAGCCUGGAAGCCUUUGACUCAACACGAAAACAAACCUUGGAUUUGAUUGUUAUGGUGCCCAUCUUGUAUUUUCUGUAAUUCGAUGGUUUAAAACGGGACGUUCAGUGGACAUUUAGUGAUGGUGUGUAGGAACGGCUUCUUUUAAGACCCUACAAUGCCUGUUGAAUAUGGUCACUAUUGAAGAUAGUGAGCGCUUAUCAAUAGUUUUAUUGAUAUUGUCUUGGUCGGUUAAAAACGUGAUUGAGAGUGACCACAGGGCCUCUCCCUGUGUAAGGGAAAGAGUCCUUAUUGGACAAGGAUUAAAUUGCUAUGCAAUUGAACUGGUCUCUGACUCUCUUUACAAAUAAAAUGUUUUUAAGUUAACCUCUCAAA